CGCUCGUGGCGAGCCGUGAGCGAGCCCGGAGCACAGCUGGACCUGGGGCGCGGGACUGCUAGCGGGACGGGCGACUAGGCGCGGGCUACGAUCGCCAUCCCCCACUCCGGGGUCCGGGACAUCUCAGGCCCUUCGGGGCCGCAGCGGGCGACGGGACCAAGAUGGGAAGAGUGCCCUGAGCCCGGCAACUUCGGCCCCUCCCCGCCCCCACCCGGCUGCCCUCGGCGCGUCCCUCUCCAUGUGCAGCCGGCCCGCCAGGCGCUCCGGCUGGCGGCGGAUGGGUGACCUCUUCCUGGCCCGGGCGGGCUGUGCGAGGCGGUGGAGCCGGCGAUGAAGAAGAAGCAGCAGCAGCAGCAGCAUCCCAGCGGCGGCGAGGAUCCUUGGCCCCAUGGGGCUCCUGUGGGGGGCGCCCCUCCGUGCCUGGGGGGCUGCAAGCGCCGGAUCCCGAUGCUGCCUUUCUUACGCUUCUCCCUCCGGGACUACGGUUUCUGCAUGGCCACCCUGCUGGUCUUUUGCCUAGGCUCCCUCUUCUACCAGCUCAGCGGAGGACCCCCUCGCUUCCUGCUCGACCUGCGGCAGUAUUUGGGAAAUUCCACUUACUUGGAUGACCAUGGGCCACCUCCUAGUAAGGUCCUUCCUUUCCCCAGCCAGGUGGUCUACAACAGAGUCGGCAAGUGUGGCAGCCGCACCGUGGUCUUGCUCCUGAGAAUCUUGUCAGAGAAGCACGGGUUCAAUUUGGUCACAUCAGACAUUCACAACAGAACCAGGCUGACUAAAAAUGAACAAAUGGAGCUGAUUAAGAACAUCAGCACUGCCGAACAGCCCUAUUUAUUCACGAGACACGUUCACUUCCUCAACUUCUCAAGGUUUGGAGGAGACCAGCCCGUCUACAUCAACAUCAUUAGAGACCCCGUCAGUAGGUUUCUAUCCAACUAUUUUUUCCGUCGCUUUGGAGACUGGAGAGGGGAACAGAAUCACAUGAUCCGCACCCCCAGCAUGAGGCAGGAGGAACGCUACCUGGACAUCAACGAGUGCAUUCUGGAAAACUACCCUGAGUGUUCCAACCCCAGGUUGUUUUACAUCAUCCCGUAUUUCUGUGGACAGCACCCCAGAUGUAGGGAGCCUGGCGAGUGGGCGCUGGAACGUGCCAAGCUGAACGUGAAUGAAAACUUCCUGCUCGUGGGGAUUCUGGAGGAGCUGGAGGAUGUGCUGCUUUUACUGGAAAGAUUUUUACCUCAUUACUUCAAGGGUGUGCUCAGCAUCUACAAGGACCCAGAGCACAGGAAGCUUGGCAACAUGACUGUGACCGUGAAGAAAACGGUCCCCUCUCCCGAGGCCGUGCAGAUUCUCUACCAGAGAAUGAGGUUCGAGUACGAGUUCUACCACUACGUCAAAGAGCAGUUCCACCUGCUGAAGCGCAAGCUCGGACUGAAGUCUCGCACCAGCAGGCCCCCUCUGCGACCACAGUUCUUCAUUCCUACCCCUCUGGAGACCGAGGAGCCAAUCGACGACGAGGAACAAGAUGACGAAAAGUGGCUAGAAGAUAUUUAUAAGAGGUGAUACGAGAGUGACAUCGUCACCGUGGCCGUGUCCCCCAUUUCCAGGAAGUUCUGAAGGGACUUCCGUUAAUGCUCGGUUGCAUUAAAAAGAACAAAACAUUCCCACAUGUUGGGGUCAUUGGGAGAUGCCCGGUUUUGCGGGUUUUAUUUGUUUAUUUUAUUCUGUGUUUUUCUUUCCUUGCCUCCUUGAGUCUUUCCCAGUUACACUAGAUUGUUCACAGAAUGGCCUCCCAUCCUCUGCCCACCCCUUACAGUGAGAAAAGAGAGAGAAAUAUGUCCUCCAACCCAGGCGUUUUAUCUUUUCUAAGAUGUUUCGAAAAGUAUUGCUUCCAUCGUAAAGAUAUUGUAUCCGGCAGUAGAAACAAACAUUUCAGAGAGGGAGGAGUCUAGAAGCAUCUAGGAGUAGAAGGGGCACUGAUAGGAACGCGGGGGAGGGUCCCCUGGUUACCGAGUAUCUGCCCACAUGGGUAGGACGCUGCCUCUGGUCUAUCUCAGGGGACACUGUCACCAAGAACAGAGUAGUUAUCAACCACAUAAACAAGACAGCUCUGGCACCCAUGGUCCCAGACAGUCAGAGCUGGGGAGGCUUGUCAAGAUCAAAGCUCAUGCAUGUGAGCUGUCAUGAGACAUUCCAUCUGCACGUGUUGCUCUGUUUGGAAGGAGCCCAACGAGGUAUGGCGUGUGCGUGUUAUGUCAAGUGCUGGCAGGCCAGAUCAAACGAGGGCCAUGUGGCUUCAGGAAAAGGCUGCGGCCAUCUGAAGCCUCUCUGCCCUCUGGAUUCUUACAAGUGGAGGGGCCAGAAACUGAUUUACCUUUGGCCUUGAUGUCUACAGCAGGAACCUUAAGCUUGCCUGUACGCUGGGCACAAUCCCCCAAGAACACACAUAGAAAAAUUGUGCUUUACGGAAUUUGUUGUCUUCUAUAACUUCUAGACCGACAAGAGCUGCUGUAUUUAGUAACAAGUCCCAGGAAGACAGCAGUAGAAUAAUUUUUUUUAUGGAACCUGCUUGCUCCCAAUAAUCUUCUCCAGGGACAUCAGUGCCAGGAACAGAAAGACUUCUGGAUAGGACACUGCUCGACCAGCUUUUGAGUAGGUUGGUGCCCCCUUGUGACCUGAGUAGACACUGGCCAAUCCUUUUACACCAAAAUAUGCCGUCCACUUCUUCCCUCCCGCCAACUCCCCACCUUCAGUGAUGCUUCUGUUCCUUUAAUUUCUGAAUUAUGUUUAUCUUAAAAAAAUGUCCUGGAACUUUACUUUCUACCUGGUGGAUAUUGUGCAGUUGAGAGCCAGAGCCCUGUGGUGGCAGCAAGAUGGACGUUGGUGACAACCUGUGUCUGCCUCG